AUGGAUAAUAUGGAUACAACAUUAAUAGAAAACGAAGAAGAGGUCUCGACGUGGGUUAUCAAUAACAAGAAGACAUGUAUGAAAGCUUUUUUCAACCCGUUUCAUGACAUUUAUGAUAGAUUUUUGGUAGAAAUAGUGAAGUGUAAAAAAAUUGAAGAAUAUAUAGACUUGGAAAAAAUGAUAAUAAAAAGUACUUCUGUUUCAAAACUGGGAAAGAUACCUAUACGCCUCAACAAACCGGAGACGAAAGUACCAGCGGUGUAUUAUUUUUUAUCUUUAUUCCUAACAAAAUUUGCAGGAGUCCAGUUUGAUAAUGUUAUAGAAUUUCUACUUCGCCGUGAAUAUACUGCGGCGGUAUCACUUCAACGAAUAGAAACACAGUAUGCAGAAUUAAAAAAAAAAUUUGACGAUUUGGGAAAAAAAGUGGAAAAUAGUGCGGAUAGUGCUUUGAUAAACGGAUUAGUCAUACGAGAACUAGAAAAUAAAAUUAGAAAUUUAGAAGCGGAUGUCAUAGCAAAAGAACGAAUAAUAUUAGAGAAAAAUGAGACGAACAAUAGUUUAUGGGAAAAAAUUAAAGCGCUAGAAAAAAAAGAGGAACAGCCAACGAGUCAAGUGACGAAUAUGGAAAUAGAUAACAAGACGCAGAAAAAGAAAAAACGCCCCAACAAAAAGAGAAAAAGGGCGCGAGCAGUUGCUAAAAAUGGAAUGAUCACCGAUUUAGUGAUCGAUAAAGGAGAUAAAGAUAAAGAUUAUUUGGAUAAACAUUUUGCCGACAAGUCACGUGACAUUACUUUUUACGACAUACCUGCGUAUUGGAGUGAUGAGGAAAUUUUAGGAUUACUAAAUGCAAACUAUAAGACCGUUAAAACGACGCUGCGCUUCAGCAAGGCUUACGAAAAGAUAUACUCAGAGGGCGGCGUUAACGUGUCAUUAACAAGAAAUAAUGACAGAACUUACUUCAUUAGAAUGGCCGAUUCGCAUUUACCAUACAGUAAAUUUAAAGAGAAGUUUCAUUGGCAAGCGCUUAAAAGAUUGGAAGUUGAUAUACAGGACGAUGAUAUUUUGGUUAUAAAAGAAAUGGUGAAAGCGUUUCACGCUUUCUUUGGAAAAAUUAUCAGAGUCAAAGGGAAAAGAUUUAUUAUUUUGUAUUUCAAUAAACAAUCAGAUUUGAUGUCGGCAAUUAAUAAAUCCAUAAAGAUAUAUGAUAUCGGAAGGGGAUUAUGGAUCAAGAAAGAAAACGACUACAUCGACGAUAAUGGCGAAUUACAAGAAGGUAACAGAUGA